AAAGAAUUGGUGGAGCUUCACUUGAAACUGAUGAGAAAGAUUGGGAAGUCUGUCACAGCAGACAGAUGGGAAAAAUACUUGAUCAAGAUAUGUCAAGAAUUCAACAGCACUUGGGCUUGGGAGAUGGAAAAAAAAGGAUACCUAGAAAUGAGUGUUGAAUGCAAACUGGGGAUUCUGAAGUAUCUCUGCGAAUGUCAGUUUGAUGACAAUCUAAAGUUUAAGAAUAUCAUUAACGAGGAGGAUGCUGACGCCAUGCGUCUGCAGCCCAUCGGUCGGGACAAGGACGGCCUCAUGUACUGGUAUCAGCUGGAUCAAGAGCAUAAUGUCAGAAUGUACAUAGAAGAACAGGAUGACCAGGAUGGAUCCACAUGGAAGUGCAUUGUUAGAAACCGCAAUGAGCUUGCUGAGACCCUUGAGCUCUUGAAAGCACAAAUUGAUCCCGCUCUGUUGAAAAGCAACAACUCUCAGCAGGAGAAUUCGUCACGUGAAAGUCCAAGCAUAGAAGAUGAAGACACCAAAAAGGGUGAAGAAGCAGCUCCACAAGAAAAUCAAUUGAAAAUCAAAGAAGAAAAAGAGGAUGUAGAGGAACAGCCAGUGCAAUCGGAAAGCCUUCCUCCUCCUGUGGUCAAAGAGGAUGAAAAUGCGCUUAAAAUUGAGAAAGUGGAAGAAAAAGAAAUUAUAAAAUUGCCAGUAAUAGUGAAAUUAGAGAAACCUUCAGAACACAAUGAAGAGAAGCCAACUGUCAAGGAAGAAAGUGAUUCCUUUAAGGAAAAUGUCAAGCCUGUUAAAGUAGAGGUGAAGGAAAACAAAACAGAACCCAAAGACUUAAAAGAAGUAAAAAGCUGUAUGGACAAAAUAGCAGUUCAUGAGCCAGAGAGGUUAGAAUUUUGUGUUAAUGUCAAAACUCCACAGGAAAUUGUGGAGAAAUCUGUGGAAGAAAGUGAAAAACUUAAAAAUGACCAACAGGCAAAGAUACCACUUAAAAAGCGAGAGAUUAAACUGACAGAUGACUAUGACAGUCCAAUAAAAGGGCCCCUCUGCAAAUGUGUUACUCCAACAAAGGAUGUCUUGAAGGAAGAAGGGAAACCAGAAGAAGAAGCUUUUAAGAGAGUCCCUACCAUUACUGCUCUAUGUCCUGAUGGGAAAGUGCUAGUAAAUGGAGAGGUUAGCUGUGAAAAAAUAACCCCGAGCGUCAUACAAAACAGUAAGUCAGAACACUCUGCUAGUGCUGUGGAAGACAACACCUCUUUAAAAGAGAAAAAUGGAAAAAGUGGGGAAAAAGUAUCAGACUCCCUAAAUUCUGUUAGUAAAAUUAUAAAAACAUGUGAGAUUGAGAAAAAUGCAGUAACUGUGCUGAAAGAGAUUGGGGCUGUGGUCUCUGAGGUUUCUAAUCAGAAAGUGCCUUCAAAGGAGGAAUCUAGUCCUGUGGAAAGAGAGUCCCUUGACAGCACAGUUACGGUAGCAGAAGAGUCUUCAAACUCUGAAGACUGUGCCAAAACAACUGAAGAGAAACAAGCCACUGAUCUCGAAAACGACAGUCUGCCACCACCCAAAGAAUGUUCAGAGAAGCUAGAGAUGUCCCCAAAUGCAUCUGCUGCUUCAGAACUGCCUAAGCUUGCACUGGCUGAUGAAGAGACUUUGAAAAGUAAAGAUGAGCCUGAGGAGAAAAGCAACUCUCCAAAAGCUGCUGAGAUACCUCCUACAUCCACUUCACCUGUUACAGUAGAGAAACCUGUUUCGGAAAAGGAGGACUCCGAUAGUAAAAUGGCUCUACCUGAGGAGAGCAAAGUAGAAGAAAAAUCCAGCCCUGAAAAACAAGAGGAAGAGCCAGAAGCUGCCAAAACAGAGCCAGAUAAAUUAGACGAUGCUCAUGCAUCUAAUCUAGAGGACUCCUCAGAGAGUAAAAAGGAAUCUCCAGAACCUAAAAGCAAAUUUAAAUAUAAGCUAGUUUCUGAAGAGGAAACCUGCGCAACAGAGAAUAAAGAAAUAACUUCUGAAAGACAAAAAGAAGGAAUUAAAUUAACAAUCAGGAUCUCUAGUCGGAAGAGAAAGACAGAAACACCACCAGAAGAGGUCAGCAUUGGCCGCACGUUGAGGCGGUCACCAAGAAUAUCCAAACCUACUCCGAAAGUUGUGGAGACUCGGGAUCAGAAGCCUGAGAAGAAGCGACCUGAAGAGGAAGAGGAGAAACCUGCAGCAGCACAAAAACCAGAACGGAAAGAAGAUAGAAAAAAACAGGAGAAGGAGACGAAUUCUAAAGUUAACAAGAGAAGCAAAGUUCGGUGGACGGGUACGCGGACUCGUGGCAGGUGGAAAUACUCAAGUAAUGAAGAGACUGAGGACUCUGAGAGUGAAAAAAACUCUGAGGAGGAGGAAGAAGAGGAGGAAGAGGAGGAAGAAGAAGCUCCACCUGCUGAUGACGAUGAGCCCUGCAAGAAGUGUGGCCUUCCCAAUCAUCCUGAGCUGAUUUUGUUGUGUGACUCUUGUGACAGCGGCUAUCACACAGCCUGCCUUCGCCCUCCGCUGAUGAUCAUCCCUGAUGGAGAGUGGUUCUGCCCGCCCUGCCAACAUAAAUUACUCUGUGAGAAAUUAGAGGAACAAUUACAAGAUCUGGAUGUUGUCUUAAAAAAGAAGGAGCGUGCAGAACGCAGAAAAGAACGAUUGGUGUACGUGGGUAUCAGUAUUGAGAACAUCAUUCCACCUCAGGAGCCAGAAAUACCUGAAGGUCAGGAAGAAAAGAAGAAAGAUUCCAAGAAGUCCAAAUCAAAACUUGAAAGGAGAUCUACCAGAACCCGAAAGUGCAUAAGCUACAGGUUUGAUGAAUUUGAUGAGGCAAUUGAUGAGGCAAUUGAAGAUGAUAUCAAGGAGGCUGAUGGAGGAGGCAUUGGCAGAGGCAAAGACAUGUCAAAUAUCACAGGUCACCGUGGAAAAGACAUUUCCACAAUCCUAGAGGAAGAAAGGAAGGAAAACAAGCGACCACAAAGGGCGGCUGCAGCACGACGCAAGAAACGACGGCGACUAAAUGACUUGGAUAGUGACAGUAACAUGGAUGAAGAGGAGAGUGAGGAUGAAUUCAAGAUCAGCGAUGGAUCUCAGGAUGAAUUUGUUGUAUCAGAGGAAAAUCUGGAUGAAAGUGAAGAUGACCCACCAUCAAAUGAGGACAGUGACUCGGAGUUCUGUGCCCGCAUAUCCAGGCGACACCUCUCCAGACCCAUGAGGCAAAGCAGGCGGUUACGAAGGAAAACAGUCAAGAAAAAAUACUCUGAAGAUGAUGAAGAGGAAGAGUCUGAGGACAAUUCAAGCAGAGAGUCUGAGAGUGGUGAUUACACAGAUUACAGUGAUGAUGAUUACCUGGAAACUAGGAGGAGAAGAUCAAGACGGAAUCAGAAGAGACAAGUUAAUUAUAAGGAAGAUUCAGAAAGUGAUGGCUCACAGAAAAGUGUCCGAUAUGGGAAGGAGUUGAGAAGAGUUCACAAACGCAGGCUCUCCACCUCGGAUAGUGAAGAGAGCUACACAUCUAAGAACUCUGAAGAUGAUGAAUCCAGGAAGGAGUCAAAGCGAUUGAUUCGAAAACGUCGGCGAAGUACAGACGACUAUUCCGAGGAAGAGGGAGAGGAUGAGGAGGAAGAAGGGAAGCCUGUCCGCAAACGCCUGAAUCGAAUCGAGACCGACGAGGAAGAUACCUGCGAGAACGCCAACGACGACGCAGAAACCCCCACCCCUGCAGUUAAGCUGCCAGCAGCACAAGCCCCCCAAGACAACCCCAAGAAGCACUGCUACCGGAUAGAGAGCGAUGAGGAAGAUGACUUUGAUAAUGUAGGGAAAGUAGAGAGCCCUUUGGACUACAGCCUGGUGGACUUGCCUUCCACCAACGGACAGAGCCCAGGGAAAACCAUUGAGAACUUGAUUGGCAAGCCGAGCGAGAAGAGCCAGGCCCCCAAGGACAGCACGGCCAGUGCCAGCCUGGCGCCCAACGGGACGGGGAGCGGGCAGGAGGCGGUAGGGCCAGAGGAAGAUGAAGAUGAACUUUUGAGAGUGACUGACCUUGUUGAUUACGUCUGUAACAGUGAACAGUUAUAAGACUUCCAUUUUUGUGCUAAUUUAUUCCACGGUAGCUCAUACCAGCGGGCCAGUUAUUAAAAGCUGUUUUAUUUUUCCUAGAAAAUUCUCCACUACAGUAUCACUUUCUAGAAGCAAGAAUUUCACCAGUCCUGCAGUCUUUCUGUGAAGUGACCAGUUUUGAACUUUGAAGAUGAAUCGCUGUAAAUUCCCUCUCUUACCCCUCCUUCUCCUUCCAAGUCCAUGGUCCUGGGUAAUUUCACUCACAAAAACCUUAUAACAACAAGAGAUUUGUAUAUUUUUGACUUUAUAUUUCCUGAAUGCAUACAAAUUUGUGGAAAUGGGUGGCCUAAGAAAGCAUUCCAAAUCAGUCAGGGCCCAAACCGGAACUGGGGUGGGUUUGGC